AUGAACCGGCGAGGCGGGACAAGCGAGGUGGUAGAUCUGAUCCACCUCGAGGAGAAUCGGUUCAACGACGUCGUGGCGAAUGAGCUCGAACCUAGGGUUGCCGAAGAGGUGCACCAGGUUCUCCUUUCUCCCGGUGAAGAAAUUGUCAAUGACGAUGACGUCGUCGCCACGCGCGAUGAGCUUAUCGACGAGAUGGCUCCCGACGAAGCCCGCGCCGCCGGUGACAACGAUCCGCUGCCUUCGGCCGGUGAUCCCGACGGGGAUCCGGCCGGUGCGGGAGCCGGCGAGUCGAUUGAGGUUAGAGCGGGGGAGGAAGGUCCGGGUCUCGGGUGGGCCUAUGCGGGAGAGCGUGGGCUGGAUGAUAAAAAAAGUAGAGCCGAUGAGAAUCCCGACGAGGAUGAACAAAAGACGCUGCUCUCUGAGGAGAUAGUUGAUGGAUCUGGGGAGGGAUCUGGUGUGUUUGAUGGAUUUGGGGGAGUACGGUGA